AUGGCCGUCCUUGAUUUCAAUCAAAUCUACAACGACAAUACCUGGGGCUCAAGCGAAUCUCGAUCCGGCCGGGGCUCUGAACUGGCACAGACACAACAUAUCCGUGGCGCUCUUCCUUCAUUACUAGCAGAACUAGGUGUAUCAAGCCUUCUCGAUGUACCCUGUGGCGAUUUUCAUUGGAUGCAACAUGUCGAUCUAGGCGCAAUUAAAUAUAUUGGAGGCGACAUUGUCGAGGAUAUCAUAACAGAAAACCAGCGCACUUUCAAAUCCCGGAAAAAUGUGUCCUUCAAAACUAUUGAUAUCCUAAAAGAUGAACUCCCCAAAGCAGACGCAGUACUUUGCCGAGAUUUAUUUGUCCAUUUCACCUUGGAUGAUGCCCUCCGCGGGAUUGCGAAUGUCUGCAGAAGCGGCGCUACGUACCUGAUUGCUACUACUUUUACCGAUCGUCUAACGAACUCAGAGACGCUAUUGCUGGAUAUGUGGCGGCCCUUGAAUAUGGUGCAGCCGCCAUUCAACUUUCCGUCGCCGGUGGCUGUGAUCAAUGAACAGUGUACUGAUAUGGAUUUCGGGUUGGAUUAUUCGGACAAAUGUCUUGGGGUAUGGAGGAUUUGUGAUAUCAAGAAUGUCUCGGUUUGA